AAAAAAAAAAAAAAAAAAAAUCUAAAGAGUAUCCCCCAAGGAACCCCCACUCUACCAGCCGUCUGGUUUGGGGGAUCUGGCAUGGGAGAUCCCCCAUUUUUUGUAGCAAAUGUAUACUCAAAACUAUGUUCAAAAAUGCAAAUCUGGGGUACCGGACCCAAGCUUUGUGGGGUAUUGCACCAUUGGCAUGCGCUAGCUGGCCUCAUGUUAUUCAAUACAAACCCAUUUAUUAGUUAACUUUGUAAGAGAUGAAGCUUAGAACUGGUGCAGAGAGGCAAGAUCGAUGGAAGAUUGUUUCGAAAACGGAAAAAAACGAGCAGAGUUUUUUUUUGCUUGCCCUUUUGCUGGGGUUUGUUCAUUAAUAAAAGUCAUUAUAAAAACCCCAGAGUUUCCAGUAGAGUUGACAGAUUAUGGAAGACUUUUAUUGCUGUGUGUGACAUCAUCAAGUAUUGGAAAUGUCGAGUAAUAAAGGAGGAAGUACGCUUGACCAUAUUGAAUCUAAUCGAAACAGUAUCGAGUCGAAGAUUGAAGAUGCAUCCAUAUCUAUAAAAAACUAUAAUUCCCAUUCCAAAGAAAAGCUGAAGGGCUUUUAUGAAAAUGUUAAGGAUACGUUAAUGUUGAAAAAGUUGUUUGAAAGAGUAGAAGAACGUCCUACGCCCCGUGAGGUUUAUAAUUGGAGAAUAUACGUGACUGCAUUUUUGGCAUCGUCUGCUGCCAUCAUUAUAGGGUAUGAUGGAGGUUUUAUUGGAGGAACCGUUGCUCUUGAUUCUUUCAAGCUGGAAUUUGGCUUGGAUGGGAAAUCAAGCGUUGAAGCAAAUAAUAUCAUAUCGAAUAUUAUAUCUGUGUUCCACGCUGGUUGUUUCUUUGGUGCUUUAAUAUCAUAUCCAUUUUCCUAUUACUUGGGAAGAAAGAUGUCUCUUAUAAUUGCGGCUGUUGCCAUUACUGCAGGUUCUGCUAUUAUGUUGGCUGCUUCGAAGGCAAAUGGUUUAGCACCUUUAUACGUUGGAAGAGUGCUUGCUGGAUUGAGUGUCGGGUUUUCAACUAAUUUAACUCCAGUGUAUUUGAGUGAAAUAGCUCCUCCAGCGGAAAGAGGAAGAUUGAUCGCAUGUUAUGAAAUUGGUUGGCGUAUAGGUGACUUGGUUGGUUUUUGGAUUAAUUAUGGGGUUGACUCGCACAUAUCCUCUUCUAAGAAACAAUGGUUUAUUCCAUUUGCAAUCCAGCUUAUUCCUAGUGGCUUGUUCUUAUUAGGUAGUGUUGUUAUGCGAGAAAGCCCUCGUUGGUUAUUCAGUAUUGGUAAAUACGAUAAGGCAAUUGAAAAUUUAACCUGGUUUAGAAAUUUACCUGAAGACGAUGAAUAUAUUAUUUAUGAAGUCAAUCAAGUUAAAGAAAAUAUUGACUUACAAAAUAUAAAAGUUGGGCUUGGAUUAUGGGAUCCUUUCAAAGAAGUUUUUUUCAAAAAUCAUAAAAUUUUAUUUCGCUUAUGUUUAACGUGUUGUCUCUUCUUAUUCCAGAAUUUUUUGGGUAUUCAAGCUAUUAAUUAUUAUUCUCCUACUAUUUUUCAAAAUUUAGGAGUUAAAGGUACUAAUUCAACUCUUUUUUCAACAGGUUUAUUCGGGGUGGUGAAAUUCGUUUGUACUUUUAUCUAUAUCCUAUUUAUUGUGGAUACUUUUGGAAGACGUAAGGCUUUCAUGUGCUCUUCCUUUGUAUGUUCGCUUUGUUUCUGGUAUAUUGGUGCUUAUUUAAAAGUUAAUGAUCCAACUAAAGAAGGUGUUGAAGCUGGCCCUGGUGGUACAGCUGCCAUUGUUUUUAUGUAUCUUUGGAUUGCCUCUUUCAUUCUUGCUUGGUCAGGUGGUCCUUUUGUCGUUGGUAGUGAAGUUUUCGAUCAAAAUAUCCGUUCUUUUGUUCAAGCAAUUAAUGCUGCAGUUUCCUGGAUUCCUAUUUUUAUAAUGUCAAGAUUCACUACCAGAAUGAUUGAAUCAAUGCAAUACGGGAUUUAUUUUUUCUUUGCUGCUUUGGCUGCUUUAUCUAUUCCUUUUGUUUUCUUUUUCAUUCCUGAAACUAAAGGGAUUGCCCUUGAAGAUAUGGAUAAAUUGUUUGACCGUUCAUUACCUGCUCAUAGAGCUCACAAAUUCGUCUUGGCCAAGUUAAGAGCUGAAUCAGACACACUUGCUCAUGAAAAUAGAAACUUAUAUAAAUUGGAUACCAAUAAGAGUAACGAAAUCCAAAAUAUCGAACAUACCGGUUUAUUUACGAAAUCAUGAUGGGUUCUUUUUUUUUGCAUCUUCU